UGUCUCUCCUCAAAUGUCACUUCUGCUUUUCUAGAGAAGUCUACUAAUCUGGUUUUAUCCAACUGACUGAAGUUAGAACUAGAAUAUGCCGAGUUUAAUGUUUAUAUAAUAAACCAAGAUGGAGUGAUUGCAGACAUAUAAAGCACACCAUGUACUGUGACUUACCAUAUCUUUCAAGGACAUUCUGGGCACAGCAGGCAACAUGGCCAGUCAGUCACAAGGCAUUCAUCAUCUUCUACAGGCUGAAAAAAAGGCUAAAGAAAAAUUAGAUGAAGCCAAGAAACGUAAAGGAAAACGGCUAAAGCAAGCAAAAGAUGAAGCAAUGGCUGAGAUAGAACGUUAUCGUCUCAAAAGAGAGAAUGAAUACAAGAAAAAGCAAACAGACACUAUGGGAUCACAUGGUAACCUAUCCGUGCAAAUUGAAGAGCAAACAAAAAUAAAGCAUCAAGCACUCAAAAGAGAUUUCCAGCAAAACAAGGACGCGGUACUGAAAAAACUCCUAGACUUGGUGUGCGACAUAAAGCCAGAGGUUCAUGCAAACUAUCGUGCAUAGUAUCUUUUACACUAGUUGUUUUGAUAUCAAAAAUGUGCAGCUGCAGUAAGGCUACAUGUCAGUGUAACAUUGUUACUGACUACUGUUGAUUUCUACAGUCUGGUUAUAGCCCCAGAUUCUGAACUAUUCUAGUAAUGUUUCAGAUGUCAACAAAAAAUGUGAAGGGAAGACAUCAUCCCAUGCUGAGCAGUCAUUAAACUAUUAAAGAAUAUUACAAUGAAACAGCAUGGAAUGUAAGAGAAUCUCGUCAUGUAUUGUGUGUUAUGCAGCAUGAGGCCAAAGGUUAACUCUUACUAGCACUAUGAUAGUUAUGAUAACAUGGAAUACGCUAUUGCAUUUAAUGCUAUUUUGGAAUAGAGCAAUUGUUUAUAUUUAAAAUUAAAUAAAGAUCAGAGUACUCUA